AUUAUUUAGAUGACCUUUAGAGGCAGAAAUUAGUUCUGUCUUAUUCUUACCUCUUGGGACCUUGCUGCUGUGUUCUUCACCUCUUGUGGGGGUGUCCUUGUUCUCUCCAUUAAGAUAUAUAUCAUAAACUUAGACCCUCCCUUCAACACAUAGAGAAGAGAGAAAAAAAUAACUCUUUAGAUUCAAGUUCAACAUAAAGUUUUGCCUUUGAAGCUUCUGAUUCCAAGAAAGGAAGUGAUAAAAUGGAGGAUAAAUAUAGUUUAAUUAGGAAGCAUAGUGGAUUAUGGAAAACAUUAAGAGAUGAAGAUUUUGAAGAAGAAGAAAUUUGGGAUGUUAUGAAGGAAAGAAGUGAUUAUAUAUCUGAAGUUCAUAAGCCAAUAUUGGAAAAGAAAGAAAUAUCUUCUCUUCCAAUUCCAAUUGGUGCAAGAAAAAUUCCAAGGACUAAUAGUGGAAGUUCAUCUCAUGAAACAAAAAAUUUUCAACAAUCAUUACCUGUUAACAUUCCUGAUUGGUCAAAGAUUUAUGGUAAUAAUAAGGUAAACAAGACAAUUAAGAAUGUUUCAAGGUAUAAUGAUUAUGGUUACUAUGAAGGUGAUGAAGAAGUUGUUGAUGAUGUUUUGAAUCAUCAUGGUAGUGAAGAUGAUGAAGAAGAUUAUGAUGAUGAUGAUGAUGAGUUUAAUACUAGGCUUCCACCACAUGAAAUUAUUUCAAGAAGGUUUGCAAGGAGUCAAAUAUCUUCAUUUUCUGUUUUUGAAGGUGUUGGGAGGACAUUAAAAGGUAGGGAUCUUAGCAAAGUGAGGAAUUCUGUCCUCAUAAAAACUGGUUUUCUUGAAUCAUUGUGAUGAAUCAAAUGUUGUAUGUAUAGGAUUAUGUACAUGGUUUUAAAUUGCGGUUUGGUUGCAGUUGCAGUUACGCUCUGAACUUUGAUAUUGCGGUUAAGGAGACCGUAAAAUCUUUUAUGUUGCAACUGUAGUUAGGAUUGCAAACCGUAAUUUAAAGCCAUGAUUAGUGAUAGUUUAGUUAUUGAGAUUGUUUGCAUGGUUAUGUUUUUUAGGGGUAUGAAUGAAAUAUUCAAUUUUGCUUUUA